AACUGGGCACCCGCGAUCAUCACCUGACCCCGUACAUAUAACCUGCUCGUGCCUGAAUCCUUGACACAACCCGACCUUGUCACCCAACUGAAGGACACCAAAGCUUUAGCCUCAGCGAUGGCGGUGGCAGCAGUAGCAGCAGGAGGAGGAGGAGGGGGCGAGCUGCGGCUGCGGCUGCUGGGCACGUGGUCGAGCCCGUGGGUGAUCCGGGUGCGGGUGGCGCUGGGGCUCAAGGGCCUGAGCUACGAGUACCUCGAGGAGGACCUGGCGAGCAAGAGCGACCUCCUGCUGAGAUCCAACCCGGUGCACGGGAAGGUGCCGGUCCUCCUCCACGGCGGCCGGCCGGUGUGUGAGUCGCUCGUCAUCCUCGAGUACGCCGACGAGGCCUGGCCGGCCGCCGGGCCCCGGCUCCUCCCAUCCGACCCCUACGACCGCGCCACGGCGCGCUUCUGGGCGGCCUACGUCAACGACACGUUUCUCCCGGCGUACAGGGCGCUGUUCAGGUCGCUGACGGAGGAGCAGAGGGCGGCGGCGUUCGAGAACGCCGUGCCCAAGGUGGAGGUGCUGGACCGGGCGCUCGCGGAGUGCUCCAAGGGGAAGGCCUUCUUCGGCGGCGACGCCGUCGGGCUCGUGGACGUCGCGCUCGGGAGCCACCUGGUGUGGAUCAGGGUGGUGGACGAGGUGGGCGGCACCAACCUCCUGGACGGGGCCAGGUUCCCCGGCCUGGCGGCGUGGGCGGAGCGGUUCUUGGCCGUGGACGCCGUGAGGGAGGUCAUGCCGGACGCCGGGAAGGUCUUGGAGCAGUACAAGGGGUUUCGGGCUAAAUGGAUCGCCGCAGCUGGUUCUACUUCUACAUGAACAUAGCGUCACCGUAUAUUUUCGCAUGAUUGACUGGGGCUGUGUUUAGAUAUCCAAACUCCUCCCAACUUUCCAAAUUUUCCAUCACAUCUCCAUCACAUCGAAACAUUAAAUAUAACAAAUAACCCAUGCAUGGAGUACUAAAUAUAGAUAAAUAAAAAAAUUAAUUGCACAUGUCUCUGAUAGUCUGAUGGACACGCUGGACUUUGACGCAGUACUUGACACCUGCUGAGUUCUUUUCUUUAAGUAUGUAGUACUACCUGUACUUUUUUUUGGAUGGAUAUAUUACCAGUAGUUGGAGAUGUAGUAUUUGGUGUGUGAUUUUGUGUAAUAAGAGACCUACGAAACGGUGAUGAAAAAUAAAUGUUCACUGCGUCACCCUGCAUUGAAA